UCCGAGUUCAGUUGCCGACCCCUUCGAUCGAGAUCGACCUGACUUUGGCGGUCCAGCGAGGAGCCCCGUUUUCGGUGAACGCGCGCGCGCGCGCGGUUCGAAUAGGUGACCCGCUCGUUUCUUCGAAGGUGUACAAAAGUGACAUACGCGGCAGACUUCCGCUUCGGCCAAACACCACAUAUCCGCUCGAUUGUUUUUACGGUGAAGCGCCAGUAAGGAAUAUCUCAUGGCGUCAUCAUCAAGAAACUCCUUCACGCUGACAAUCGUCGUACACACUUCGAUCAUAAUGUUGAACUUUUGCUUCGUCGAAUGCGCGGGCGUAACCUGUUUAAAUAUUGGACAUUCCUGUUGGGGAGCGCACGGAAAGCGAAGCGAUGUCCAAGACGCGGCGCCCGCUUUGCGUAUCCUGGCGGCUAAGGCUCUGCUGAGCGAAUUGCCGAAAAACGGUAUCGCGUCCUCUUCCUCCUCCUCCUCCUCCAAGGCCCAAUGGCUUCUCUCCCGCUUGAUCGCCGGACAGCCCGUGCUACCGUUGACGGAUCAAUAUCGCGUUCGAUGGAACAACAAGAUGAAGGAUAAAACAUACGUCCCGACAGAGUGGACGGAGCACAUGGACGAUGAAACUCUCGAAUCAAUCAGAGUUCCAAUUAACAAGGCAAACGAAAAAAAAGUCAACAAUGCGAAAGAUACAAUGUGCAGUAGCAAUGAGAAAUCCGAAAACACCGCGGAGAUCUUGUUAGUUUCGCCCGAUGAAUAUGAUGAAAAGCCGAUUAAUGAUCCUCGAAACUUUGACAUACUGAAGCUUCUGGUAAACCCUCGUGUUUAUAUUAAUCUUCGUUGGAUUUUCCAUCAGUGUCCAUCAGUCUCGACAGUGUCAGUCUCCGCUGUAUACUAACGAUGCGUUUCUCUUCGUCCGCAGAAUGUGAGAAAUGGGAAGAUGGAAUAAGAGACUGCAAGACACCGCGACGAGUCAAGAGAAUUUCCGAGAAACGCGUCUCUCCCACCGAAAAGUGAUGAUAAUUCUCAGUAAGAAGAAAACACAAAAAAAAAAAAGAAAGAAAAGAAAUAUGUCUACGUGUUUUUGUAUUAAGCUCCAAUCUCCAAUUAGUAUCGCAGCCGAAUUCUUAAGUUCUUACUUGUAAUUAAAGAACUAUACUCUUCUCUGAUGACACUCUCAAUUCUGUUAAUUAUGCAUUGCACAAUCGUGUCAAAUAUGUGUAACAACAACGUGCAGAAUUCCAUCGAUUUUUUGCAGCGUUCCGUUUCAAUUAGUGCGAAAAUAUGUAUGCGUAUGCACUGCUGUAGAAUAUUUAUCUAUGCGAGAAAGACUCUGCCGCGACAACGCACGCUUUCCAUCUAGCUCUAACUGAGAAAUUAUGUAAAGCUUACCAAAUAAAUCUCAAAUAUUGAUUUUACAUUAAUUGACACGAACGUCAGACGUUGACCGGAGAUUGAAACCGGAUUACUUUUUCUUUUUCUCUUGGGGGAGGUAUCCGCGCGGAUCUUUAAACCGGUGCACAACAGUAUGACGGUACAACGUCAUACGUAUGGUUCACAAAUAUUCCGGUGCGCAACUACAAAUAAUCGACGUUGAGCACGUAUAAUUGCAAAAGAAACACUGUUGUCGCAUUACAAAGCAUUAUUAAGCGAAACAAAAUACACGGCGAGUAUGUGCCAGCAUUUUUUUCAUAUAAUUUCAAUAUCUCUCACUGCAUGACUAUCGACGCAAGCAAGGAUGCAACUGCGACAAGUGACAGCGACCUCUGCUGCUUUAAUAAGUCGGUCGAUUCUGAUGCGGGGGAUAUUUAUUUCGCGAAAAUAACUUAUAAUCGCCAUCGAUUGUAUGCGACAAAGUUCUAGGACAAGGUUUACAUGCAACAAAUGUUCGUAGUUUGUUAUUUG